AUGCUGAGAAUUGAAGAUAAAGGCUUGGAGAGGUCGACAUGGGAAUUGAAGCAGGCUGUGCUUUCAGAUUUAGCUUGGCUCAGUCUUGACUGGGAUGAAGGUAUUUAUCGACAAUCCGAAAGGAAUUUUAUGUACAAGCAAUAUGCUGAGAAGCUCGUAGAAUCUAGUCAUGUUUAUCGUUGUUUUUGGUCCAAUGAGCACUCAAUUUAUAAGUUCUUUCUUAAUCCUCUACAAGAACUUGAAAAGAUGAAGGAGAUUGCAGAGCUAAAGAAACUUCCUCCUGGGAAGUGGGCCACUGCAACGGAUAAAGAAGUACAAGAAGAGCUAAAAUUGCAAGCACUUGGAGAUUUUGUUACAAUAAGGAGAAAUGGCCAACCUGUUUACAAUUUUUGUGUUACAAUUGAUGAUGCUCCCAUGGCUAUAUCACAUGUUAUAAGAGCAGAGAAGCAUUUACCUAAUACUCCAAAGCAAGCCUUAAUAUGCAAGCUCUUGGAUUCCCAAUGCUUUUCUUUGCUCAUGGUUUCUUUGAUUCUUACACCUGAUAGAAGUAAACUGUCAAAACGUCAUGGUGCAACUUCAGUUGGUCAGGCAAUGGUGAAUUACUUGGCACUUUUAAGUCAGGGUGAUGGAAUUGAAAAUGAGUUUUUCACCAUUGAGCAAUUUGGAAUAGUUGACAAGACUGUAUAUCAAGGAAAUAGUGAGAUUGCAUAG